CAAUAUAUCCACCAAACAAAAACCAACAAACUUCUCUCUCUCUCUCUCUCUCUCUCUCUCUCUCUCUCUCUAACUUGAAGUGUGGCUAAGCUGAAGGAGUACGUUAUGGGCGCCGAGGCGGAGGAGACUGAGACUGAAACUCCUCAAAACGACGUCGCUCAACACAACACCCCCAUCGUCCCCCUUCCUCCUCCUCCUAUUCUUCACAGUUUUCUAUACGAAAUUUCAGAUCCUUCUGCUCAGAAAACAGAUGCUUCAAAGGAUAGAGACGUUGCGUUAGCUCGAGUCGAGUGGGAGAAGAAGUUGGCCUUGAUCAAAGCGUGGGAGGAGAGUGAGAAGAUCAAAGCAGAGAACAAGGCAUACAAAAGGCUCUCUGCCAUUGACUCUUGGGAGGACGGCAAAAAAGCCUCCAUAGAAGCACAGCUGAUGAAGAUAGAGGAGAAAAUGGAGAAGAAGAAAGCGGAGUAUGUCGAAGAAAUGAAGAACAAAAUUGUUGGAAUUCACAAGCAAGGCGAAGAGAAGAAAGCAGCCAUUGAGGCAGAGCGAAGAGAGCAAUAUCUCAAGGUCGAGGAGACCGCUGCAAAAUACCGUUCUUCGGGGUUCACCCCGAAGAAUCUACUACUCAAAUGCUUCAGUGGUUGAGAAGCUGGGGGUGAAAAAAGUAAAAUAUAGAACUCCCAUCUCCGAUUUGCACUCUAAUUUUAGUAUUUGGCUUGGUUUUGUUUUGAGUUUUUGGCAGGAGAUGACCUUCAAGGGAUUUUUUUUUUUUUUUUUACAUUUUUAUGUAUAAAGAUGGUAUCAGUUUCCUGCAUUUUACCCACUGACCACUUUUCUAUUUUUCUUU